AUGCGCAUCAUCCCCGGCUCCAAGGGUUUCUGUGAACUUGCUCUCUGCUCGACGCUAUUGCCGCUUGGAGCUUGUUCAUCGACGGUGUCCCCGCAGAGCUCGGUUUCUAACCACCCAACGAACCUGAGCGAGGCACUUCCUCCGUACCGGAAUGCAUCCUUGUGUGUUGAAGAGAGGGUCGAGGACCUCUUGAGUCGAAUGACCCUCGAGGAAAAGGCUGGGCAAAUUUUCCAGCUGCAAAUUUUUAUGGGUCCUAAUGGUACAUUUGACCCGGGGGACCCUUCUCGGCGACGAGGCAGCACCGUUGACAGAGUUACCAAGAAGUUUAUGACCCAUUUCAACGUGGCCUUUGCCACCGAGGACACGAAAGCCACUGCAGAGUUCGUCAAUCGUCUUCAGGAACUAGCAAUGGAGACACGUCUUGGAAUUCCAGUCACGCUUUCAACAGACCCUCGCCACGCGUUUCAAGAGAAUGUGGCUGCUGGCUUCUCCGCCGGCACUUUUUCGCAGUGGCCGGAGCCCAUCGGACUGGCAGCUAUACGAGAUGUGGACUUGGUUCGGAAAUUUGGGGAAAUUGCCCGUGAGGAAUACAUCGCUACGGGUAUUCGAGUAGCGCUACACCCACAAGUUGAUGUGACGACAGAGCCACGAUGGUCCCGUACCAACCACGGCUUUGGUGAGGAUGCGCAUCUCACUGCGGAGCUUGUAGAAGCUUACAUCCAGGGCUUCCAGGGCCGUGGCAACUUUGGUGCCCACUCGGUUAGCACUGUCACAAAACAUUUUCCAGGCGGGGGUCCAGCAGAAAAUGGUGAAGAUUCGCACUUCAGUUACGGAAAGAACUCGUCAUAUCCUGGUAACAACUUUGACUAUCAUCUGAUCCCGUUUAAAGCCGCUAUUGCAGCGGGUACUCGCCAGAUAAUGCCUUAUUACUCAAGACCUCAGGGUACUCAAUACGACUCCGUUGGAUGGGCCUUUCAACGAGUCGUUAUCACCGAGCUUCUUCGGGAAGAACUAGGCUUUGAUGGUAUUGUCCUCACCGACUGGAGCAUCAUUACUGGUUCAAGUGCCACAGGCGAGCUUAUACCCCCAAGGGCGUGGGGUGUCGAGGACCUGACCGAACUUGAACGCGCUGCCUUGGUCCUCGACGCUGGUUGUGAUCAGAUUGGAGGUGAAGAGCGCCCUGAUAUCAUUAUCGAGCUUGUUAGGCGUGGCAUUGUGUCGGAAGAGCGCAUCGAUCAGUCAGUCCGUCGUUUACUUCGAGAGAAGUUCCUCCUCGGCCUUUUUGAAACCCCCUUUCUCGAUGUUGCCAUGUCGGAGAAAUGGUCGGCAAUGCCUACUUCAAAAAAUUAG